GCCCUCCGAGCGUACCUCUCCGAGUCGGAGCCACGCCGCCACGCAUAAAUUGGCGAUAUGCGGGGGAGGGGGCUCGGAAGGGUUCGGUGGGUCGCGCCCUGCACACGCUCAGAUCAAGUCACGACCCGCAGCAGGCAGCAACUCACAAUGUCGGGUGGGACGCUGGUGUUUGGCGCUCUGUGCGCCCUGUGCGUCCUGUCCUCGGCGCUGGCCAGUGCGCCGGUGAUGUGCGAGGUGCCGGGUCUCGGCGUGCUGCGGGGGCGACACAUCCCCGGGAACACCACAUUCUACGCCUUCGAAGGCAUCCCCUACGCCCAGCCACCGACCGGUCUCCUCCGAUUCCAGCCUCCCCAGCCGGCUCCUCGGCUGGUGUACCUCGAUGCCCGUGGCCAGCGGCACCCGUGCCCCUACCUCAACGACAAGGGCGUCCUCAUCGGCUCCGAGGACUGCCUCUACCUCAGCGUGUUCACGCCCCAGGUGGACGACGAGCUGGCCAUGCCCGUCCUCGUGAUGCUGCCGGGUGACGACUGGACGCGAGGCUAUGCCGGGCGCUGGAAGCCCCACCGCCUCAUGGACAAGAGCAUCGUGGUGGUGACGGUGCAGUCCCGGCUCGGCGCGCUAGGCUUCCUCUCCUCGGGUGACGCCUCGGCCCCGGGUAACUUGGGCCUGAAGGACGAGCGCCUCGCCCUGUCCUGGGUCCGGCGACACAUCAACGCCUUCGGCGGCGACCCCAACCGCAUCACCCUGGCCGGCGUCGGUGCCGGGGCCGCGGCCGUCAUGCUGCACGCGCUGUCCAACCCAGGCUUGUUCCAGAGGGCCAUCGCCGUCAGCGGGUCGGCGCUCAGCCCGUGGUCGCUCACGGAGAACACCCAGGAGGCCGUUGACGCGCCGACGAGACGCCUGGCCGAGGCCGUCGGCUGCGACUGCCCCAUCAGCACGUCGGCCCCGGGCAACCUGACGUCCAGCACGGCCCACGCUGCGAACGCGACGCUCGCCUCCUCCAACAACGCAACCGCCGCCGUGAACGCCACGACCCCGGCCACCAGGCACGCCAACCUCACCGAGAUGGUGGAGUGUCUGCGGGACAAACCCGUGGCUGACCUCGUGUACGGCACCGCUCGGCUACAGGGCUGGGCAGGACUGCCAUCGUCCCCGUUCGGGCCGGUGGUGGAGAGCGGCGAGGCGAACGACACCUUCCUGGGCGCGGCGCCCGCCCGGCUCUGGGGCGACGAGGAGUACGCCGUGACGGUACCAUUGCUGCUCGGUCUGUCCCGCAGCGAAGGGCUCCAAGUGCUCGCUCCCUGGCCUGCUGCAGGUUUGCUGAACAGCGCCAGCCAGCUCAGCCAGCUGGACACGGAGUGGACCCGGCUUGCGCCCACCGUCCUGGCCUUCAACAAGACCGCCGCGGAGGACAAGGCUGCCGCCUCGGAGCAGAUUCGGCGCCGCUACCUGGGCGUCGUGACGCCGGCCGACGCCAAGGACGGCCUGCUGCGGCUGUUCGGCGACCGCCACAUCGUGCUGCCCGCCCUGCGCGCCGCCGCCCUCCACGCCAAGAAGCACCCCGUGUUCCUGUACCGCUUCGCGUGGAGCGCCGCCCAGGGUACUUCGGCCUUGGGCGGGCCCGCCGGUGGCAGCGACGCGUCAAUACUCCUCAUGGAGCCCUCGCCCACGGAGGCGACCAGACUGCCGGCGCAGAGGGCCAUGGCGAUGGACAUCCUCGACUUGUGGGCCAGCUUCAUCGACAAGGGCGUCCCCGUCCUGGGCAACACCACCCUCCCCCGCGUGAGCGGGGCGCCUUCGGGGGAGCUGCCUUACCUAGAGCUGGUGCGGCCUGGGGUGCAGAGGCUGGGGAACUGGUCUGUGCAGGACACCGUGUCCUUCUGGAAGGGUCUGCCACUCCUCGAGAACAAAAAAACAAGUGCUCCUGUGACGGCCCAGAGCGGCGGUUUAACCGACUCGAAGAAGAAGACUAGCUCCGCGGCGGGCAAGUGGCAGUGGCGGUCCCAGUGGACGCUGCUCGCAGUCGCCCUCAACUUCACCUGGUGGCUGCAUGUUAUUUCACUCUAGGCAAAUUGUGUUCGGUGAAGAAUGAAUAAUUUUGGCAGUUGUUUGGGGUGAAGGAAUUUUGCUCCCUGAAGUUCCAACCAUGCAGCCCACAUGCCUCAUGGCCACGCCACCCUCAAUUUUCACAAUAGAAAUAAUGUGUACAGGAAAAAGGGAGAACUUAGUGUAUUUAAUGCUUAAGAAAACUAGGAUAAGUAGACAUGUGACGAUUUUGAAUUGGCUGUAAUAAUAAAUGCAAUGUAAUCGGGACAA